AUGAUUGCCGUGGGCCAGGCCAACAUUCAGGACCUCAUGUGGCUUGAUGAAGAGGAGACAAACGCAUUUAUUUCUAGAUUUCAACUCGUUUCUAAGUCUUUCCAGACCAAAUUCCCGGCUUACUAUGCCCGCCCCACCUCCGAUGCUGUCGCCGAUGCCAACCGUCUCUGCUUCACAAGAACAACUAUAGCACAUGCGAAGUGGAAUCUUUACAAUGUCCAGAUACCAGCAUCUACAGUCCCCAUGCCACGCUCAAAUCGUCACUCGGAGUUAUUGGGUGGUCGUGAUGACUACGUCGCCCAGCAGAAUUCCGCUGAUAUUUAA